AUGUUUGACCCAGUUUCUAAUCUCUCUCCAGCACCCAAACCUCAGCCUGUCCUCUCUGUGUCUCCAUCAUGGCUGAAUCCUGGAGCCUCAGUGACUCUGAGCUGUGAGUUUAAACAUCAGGAUGCAGGAUGGAGGUUCUACUGGUAUAAAGCUGUUCCUGAUCCAUCCAAAUGGUACCGGUUACCAUUCUACAGAUUUGAGCUGCUGGCUAACAACCCAAACAGAGCUGAACAGAACUCCUACACCAUUAAUGGACCGACUCUCACAGCAGGAUUUGUGUGCAGAGCAGGAAGAGGAGAACCAGAGCUUUACACUGAUUACAGUAAACCAAUGUUUGUCUGGUCUGCAGAUCCUCGUCCAGCAGCUUCUCUCUCAGUGAAUCCUGACAGAGUUCAACACUUCAAAUCUCAGCCUGUGUCUCUGAACUGUGAGGGAAACUCUGCUGAGUGGAGAGUGAUGAGGUUUACGGAAAAAAGAGAAUCGUCAUACUGCUCCAUCUGGGGGAAAAUGACUGGAUCUACAUGCACCAUUAAAUCGUUCUAUGAUAACAGUGGAGUGUUCUGGUGUGAGUCAAAAUCUGGAGAGUUUAGUAAUGCUGUCAACAUCACUGUACACGAUGAUAAUUAUGAUGAACCUCUCCUGGUGAGCCCUGUUCAUCCUGUGACUGAAGGAGAUCCUGUUACUCUGAGAUGCAGAGAAAAAGAUCAGCUUCUCUCCAAUGUGUUUUUCUAUCAUAAUGAUAAACUCAUCCAUAAUGACAGCAGAAGGGAGCUGAAUAUCUCUGCAGUGUCAAAGUCAGAUGAAGGUUUCUACAAAUGUCAACAUUCAGGAAAAGAUUCACCAAGGAGCUGGAUGUCUGUUAGAGUAAACCAGUUACUGAAAACCAGCUCCAGCUCUUUAUUUGCUGUGUUAUUGAUAAUUGGAACAUCGGUUGGAAUGGUUCUCAUUUUCCUCCUGCUGUUGUUCUUUUGCUGCAGACGGAACAACGUAGCAGAUGGACCCAGUGAUGCUACAUACUCCCAGAUUGAACUGAGAGACUUCUUGAAAAACUACUUUACUCCAACGUAUGCUAACAUAAACUAACAGAAAAAGGAUAAAGGAAUGCAAAGUCCUGCAGCAACAGAUGCAGAUGCAGUUUAUUCUGAAAUCAGAACAGGAGCAGCUUUGGGUAACAACUACAACAUGUAGCUUCACAUUAUUAGUUUAUUAUGGGAUUUAUUACAUGAGGUAAUCUGACAACAACUUUCUUAAAUCAUUUAUUUUCUUACAUAUUUCAUGUGUUUUUAAAAGUCUAUACAGAACUGUGUCAGACAACCGUUUUCUGAAAAAUACUUUUAGUAAUGCUGGAAAAAAAAAAAGAACAAACUCCAGAAAUAUAGUCGAGUGUACAGGGGCUAUGAUGAAGUUUGAAUACAUUAAAUAUUUUUGUAUAUUUUUAAUGGUUUAUUUUACAAAU